AUGGAUAAGUUUCUCACAAAAUUCAAUUGUUCUAAACCAAGUUCUAGUACGGAUGCCAAUCGUUCUCAACUUAUAAAUGAGCACAAUUUAGGAUCGCUUGAAGCCGAUCCAGGAGAAAGGGUACCCAUUGCAGAAUAUAACCCUCGAAUUUGGGAUGAAGUGAGGAGACAUUAUAUUCAAACAGGGCCUUGUCAACCUUUGCUGAAAAAAUUUCCUUCAACUCAAAUAGGAAAUAAAGGUCGUCAAUUUGUUUCAAAUUGGUACAAAGGUCCACAUUCUAAAUGGUUCGAGUAUAGCAUGAAGAAAGAUGCCGCAUAUUGCCUAUGUUGUUAUUUGUUCAAAAAUGAAUUUGUACAUGGAAGUGCGGGUGAGCUUUAUACGAAAAAUGGUUUUAGGAGUUGGAAUAGGGCUAUUGAAAGAUUUCGUUUGCAUGUUGGUAAGGUUAAUAGCGUCCAUGAUAAAUGUUUCAAGAAGAUGCUAGAUUUGUUAAAUCAUUAUCAAUCAAUUCAAGUUGACUUGAAAAGCAUUCCGAGAAGGAAAAAAAUGAUUACCGAAUGCGUUUGGAAGCCUCAAUUGAUGUGGCAAGACUUCUUUUGCAUCAUGGGUUGCCUUUUCGAGGUCAUGACGAAAGUGAAUCUUCAACAAAUCAAGGCUUCUUUUCUAGGAUUUUUACGAUGGCAUGGGGACAAACAUCCGAAUGUGGGAAAAGUGAUAUUACAAAAUGCUCCACAAAAUGAUACUUUGACUUGUCCUAUGAUCCAAAAAGACAUUGUCAAUGCUUGUGCAAAAGAAACGGUGAAAUCUCUAAUUGGAGACUUGAAUGGAGAUUACUUUGGUAUAUUAGUGGAUGAGUCCAAAGAUAUCUCACACAAAGGACAAAUGGAUCUCGUGUUGCGGUAUGUUGAUAAAAAUGCUAUUGCUAAAAAUCAUGGGGAUGUUGAAGACUUCUUUGAUCAUGUUACUAAUGUGUUGAAUGUUGUUGGAGGAUCUUUUAAGCAUAGAGAUUUGAUUCGUCAUCAUCAAGCUGAAAAGUUGGGGCAGUCACUUGAAUCAGGUGAAGUUCAUACUGGACGAGGACUAAAUCAAACGCGUGGAAUUCAAAGACCAGUGGAGUUUCUUAACGUUGCAAAAGAAAGAUUGCAAGAUAUGAGGGAAACUGGAUGGAAGCCUUUGUUGGAUGAUGUUUCCUCAUUUUGUGAUGAACAUGAUAUUUUGAUCCAAGUUAGAUGA